AUUAAAUCCAGUAAAGUUACAAUAAUUAAUUGCAAGACGACGACUUUUCCUUUUGUUUUUUUUUUCCCCUUGUUGUCAGUCUCUCCUUCGUGUAUUCACGUUUCGUAUAAGUCGUCGUCAUCAGCAGCAGCCAUGGAUUCUUCUGUUUUGUUUCGCUGUUACUCAUGCAUCACCUUUCUCCUCUAAUUUUUUUACAACACGACAACAACUAUUAAAAACUUGCUCUGUUCUUUCAUUCAAAACAAAAACAAAAAAAAACAAAAAACUUUCUCUGUUCCGACAACUUUCGAAGACAUGUUAGCUUCGUGUCUGAAAAAAGAAUGAGACUUGAAACAUGAGUUCUUGAGAAAGUUGUUGUUUCCAUGGGUUGCGGAGGUUCUAAACUAGAUGAUCAGCAGCUUGUGAUUCUCUGCAGAGAACGUAAAGAACUGAUCAAAACGGCGUCGCAUCACCGCUCUGCUCUCGCUGUCGCUCACCUCGUUUACCUCCAGUCUCUCCGUGACGUCGGUGAAGCUAUCCAACGUUUCGUUGACGAAGAGAACGUUUCUUCUUCUUCUUCUUCUCCGGUUCUCACGCUUCCUUCCGACGAAAGUAAACCGAAGAAACACAAAGGUUCAAUCUCUUCAACCUCAAUUUCACAUUCGGUUAUCGAAGAAGAAAACGGUUCGCAUUUGGAUCUCUCUUCCGGAUCUGAAUCCGGUUUAGAAGAUGGAUCCGAUAAUGAUGAUGAUCAUAUCCAUAUUGAUACCACUCCUGAACCAGAGCUAAACCGGUCAAAAAAACAAACAUUCUCUCCCGGUUAUGGCUAUCCUCCACCCGGUUAUCCAUACCCGUAUCCGGUUGGAGGAUGGGGAUUCAAUAACGAGAAUCAAAACACGAAUCAAGGAAUGUAUUUCAUGAAGAAAUCUUCAACACCAUCUCAACCGUUCGUUUUCAAACCGGAGAAUCAUCGAGUAGAGCCGUCGGAUCCCGGUUAUUUCAUUAAUCCUGGAUCAACCGGUUCCGGUUAUCUCCAUAAUUCUAAUUAUUCCGGUUAUCCUCCUCCUUCUCCAGCAAAGCCACCACCACCACCUCCUGCUCUUCCUUCACCGCCUAGAGUCUCCACGUGGGACUUUUUAAACGUUUUCGACACGUAUGACUACAGCAACGCACGUUCUCGUGCUCCAAGCUACUAUCCUCAAGGUAUGGCGUCUAUCUCAAGCAGCCCUGACUCGAAGGAAGUUAGAGAGAGAGAAGGCAUCCCUGAGCUUGAAGAAGUAUCAGAACACGAAGUGAUCAAGAAAGUGUAUAGACGACCAGUUUUGGAGAAAGUGAAAGAACACAAAGAAACAGUGCCUUUGCCUGAGAGCUCAUUAGAUUCAGAGACUGUGUCCACGUUUUCAGGGAGUAGUGAUGUUGAGUCUGAGUUUCAUUAUGUUAAGAGUAGUAACAGUUCAAGUGGACAAGAGACGAUCAUGGAGACAGAAGUGUAUGGGAACAAGAAAGGUGUUGUUAGCUUUGAGUUGGAGGAAGCGAGUACUUCUUCUUCUUUUGAUGUUGAGUCUUCUAAGAUGAGUAGUUUCUCGAGUUUGUCGGUUCAUGCAACUAGGGAUCUUAGAGGAGUUGUGGAGGAGAUUAAGAGUGAGUUUGAGAUUGCUUCUUCUUGUGGGAAGGAGGUUGCUUUGCUUCUUGAAGUCAGUAAGUUGCCUUAUCAGCAUAAAGACAAGAGUGGCUUUAAAGUUAUCUUAUCAAGAAUCAUGUAUCUUGUAGCACCGUCCACACGCUCUAAGCCACAACUAUCAAUAAAACUAACAGCUAGGACAUUAGAAAUGGCGAAAGCAUAUAAUGGACAAGAUGGUGAUGGAAACCUCUCAUCAACUUUGGGGAAGCUCUAUGCAUGGGAAAAGAAACUCUACAAAGAAGUCAAGGGAGAAGAGAAGCUUCGUUCCAUCUAUGAAGAGAAGUGUAAAUCACUGAAGAAAAUGGACACUCAUGGAGCAGAAGCUACAAAAAUUGAGGCAACUCGAGCAUACAUCAGGAAGCUUCUGAUGAAAAUAGAUAUCUCUAUAAGAUCUGUUGAUUCUAUUUCAAGAAGAAUCCAUAAACUUAGAGAUGAAGAGUUGCAGCCACAACUCACAGAGCUAAUUCAUGGGUUGGUGAGAAUGUGGAGAUCAAUGCUAAAGUGCCACCAGAAACAGUUCCAAGCCAUCAUGGAAACCAAGGUUCAAUCUGUAAAGACUAAUACCAUCUCUAGUUCCAAAGCCUUUCUUGAUCUUGAGAUGGAGCUUAGAGACUGGUGCAUCAGCUUCAACGAAUGGGUCAAAACACAGAAAAAAUACGUCCACUCUCUAAACCAAUGGCUCUCGAAAUGUCUUCACUACGAACCUGAAGCAACAGAGGAUGGAUACGCUCCUUUCUCACCUAGACAAAUCGGUGCACCACCGAUCUUUACCAUAUGCAAAGACUGGCAAGAAGCAAUGGGGAGAGUAUCUGGAGAGAAAGUGAGCAAUGCAAUGCAGAGUUUCGCUUCAAGCUUACACGAGCUAUGGGAGAAGCAAGAGGAAGAAGAACAGAGAGUCAGAGCAGCAGAACUUGAGGGUAGAGAUCAUGUGGAGUUUGAUAAGAGGAGUGUGGUUUCGAAAGGGAGGUCAGAGAGUGGAGUGUCGGUGUUGGAUGAUUUGAAAGUGGAUUUGGAUUCCAUGAGGAAGAAGGUGGAGGAGAGAGGUAAACGUAAAGAAAACACUGUGAAGCUCGUGUCUUCUUCGAGUAGUACCUUGAAAGUUGGAUUGGGUCCUGUUUUUGAUGCGUUGAGAAAAUUCAACGUAGAGGUUGUUAAAGCUCAUGGUAUUGUUAGACUUCAACAUCCUCAGACUUCUUCUUGAAUAGGGAGAGUGAGCCACAUUUUGAAAUCUUUUGAAGUUUUGUUACUUGAAAAUUAGAUAUAGGUUCAUAUAGAUUCCACAUUCAAGUAAAAAAAAAAACAAGAUUUGAGAAGUAUUGAUCUCGUAUAUUGUAGUUUGUGUUCUACAUGUUAUUUCCAUUCAUUACACAGUGUUAG